AUGGUUGCUCGAAAAUUUGUCGUCCUUCACCAAGAUUCGACCUUUCCUGUCGACUACGACACUGAAGAUGGUCUUGAGGUUCUACGGUUUCAAAUUUUCUCCCUCACUUUGGUUCCUCCUGAUGAGCAAAAGAUCGUCACGGAAGGCGAUGAUCGACUGGUUUCGGAUGAGACUGAUCUCGCUUCUAUAUCCGAUAAACUUCGAUUGGUCUCAAUUGGAAUCUCUGGUAAGACUGACAAAUCUGAUUCGGAAAUGGUGAAAUCAGACGAAGAAUUGGCACGAAUGUUGCAGGCAGAAGAAGAGGCAAUGAUGUUUCAACAGUAUGUUGCUGCACAAGAUAGCACUGAAUUCGAGCGGAGAAUAAGGCCUUAUGUUAGCCAAGUCCUCAUGUAUGAAGAUCCAGUCCGUCAAGAAGCUGCUCGAAAGACUGUUCCUAAAGACGAGCUCGAGGAGAAAGCUUUGGUUUCUCUGGCCAUGGAGGGGAAUUCUGGGCCACGGAAAGAGGAACAAGACUACGCUUUCUUGCUUCAGCUACUUUUCUGGUUCAAAAGAUCCUUCAGAUGGGUCAAUGAACCUCCUUGUGACGGUUGUGGUAACAAAACCAUACCCCAGGGGAUGGGAAACCCACUUACCUCAGAGCUUGCUUUUGGAGCAAAUCGAGUUGAACUAUAUCGCUGUACCUUUUGCUCAAGAAUUACUCGAUUCCCUCGGUACAAUGAUCCGCUGAAGCUCGUAGAAACAAAGAGAGGUCGUUGCGGGGAGUGGGCCAACUGCUUUACGCUUUACUGCCGCUCGUUUGGCUAUGAUUCUCGUUGGAUACUGGACUUCACAGAUCAUGUUUGGACUGAAUGCUUCUCUCACUCGCUGGGAAGAUGGAUACACCUUGACCCUUGUGAAGGAGUGCAUGACAAACCCAUGUUAUAUGAGAAAGGAUGGAAUAAAAAAUUGAACUAUGUUAUUGCAAUUUCCAAGGAUGGGGUUUGUGAUGUCACUAAGCGAUACACUAAGAAGUGGCAUGAGGUUUUGUCUAGACGAAGUCUCACAACUGAAUCAUCUUUGGAAGCUGUUCUUCGUACCCUGACAAGGGAACGACGAAGUAGCUUGAUGCCCCAAGUUUUAUCUGCGCUUGAACUCAGAGACAGAAAUGAGCAGCAAGAACUCGAGAGAAAUCUGCAUUCCCCAGAUGAUGCCUCAGUUUCUUUACCUGGAAGGCAAAGUGGGGACAAGGAAUGGCGCGUUCUGAGAUCUGAAUUUGGUUCAGACGAAAAUUGCUCUGUCAGCUCUUCCUCUUGCCCAGUUCGUAUAUGUGUUGAUCAUCAUGUGACCAACAUUUAUGAUUCAUUUCUGCCUCUACUGACUCAAUUCGUAGAGGAUGAUAUACCUGUUGCAAGAGCAAUUGAGGUACUUGAGAUGAUCAAGCGAGUCCUAGUGGACCUGAAGAAUGCGCCUUACAAAACGAGGAAGGCUCGGGUGACUUUAGAUUCAGAUAGUUCAAGUUUGUCCCCAGAGCAGUUUCUGCCCACACUGGGCGGUUUGCUUCUUGCUCUGUCUUUAAAGAGCGCAAGAGACGCAGCCGAUAAAAGUGUCACAAUAUGCUUGGACGGUGAACCCACGAAAACGGCUUUAGCAUUGCCAGUUGCAUUGGACGCUUUAAGGGAACUGGUCACUGACCUCAGCAAAUGCCAAAACUUGAACAAAGAUUCCCUCUCUUUUCCAUUACUGAAACAGAACAGGGUAUGCUCUGGUUCUGUCCUCGCAAGUGGUGAAGAGCUUCCUUCUGGCAUUGCAACUGCAGCUUUUGAUGGAAUCCAAGAGUCCAAAUGGGAGGAACCAAAUGGUGCAAAAGGCUGUUGGAUUGUGUACAAAGCACUCAACAAACAGAUGCACCAACUCGUAGCAUACGAGCUCAUGUCUGCAAAUGAUGCUCCAGAGAGAGACCCCAAAGAUUGGGUUCUUGAAGGAAGUAGCGACGGUGGAUCGUCAUGGUCUGUUCUGGACAAGCAAACUUGUCAGGUAUUCGAGGAGCGGUUCCAACGCAAAUCCUACAAAAUAACAUCACCCGGAUCCCAAGCAAAUCUUUUCAGGUUCCGGUUUUUGGCAGUACGAGACGUGAAUUCAACCUCCAGACUUCAACUAGGGAGCAUCGACCUGUACAGAAGCCUUCAUUAA